AUGAGCAAAAACAAAAAGGGGAAGAAGAAGGACGACUUGGAUGCGAUCCUUGCCGAAUUCGGCUUUGACGAGAAGCGCGAAGAUGAAGUAAAGGGCGAGAAGGAAAAGGGAGUAGCAGAAGCCAAUGGGGAAGCAGGUGGUGCAGUUGCCCCUGCUGGGGCUGAGGAAAACGAAGCGACCAAAAUGUCCAAGUCGAAAAAGAAAAAGGAAAAGAUGAAGCAGAAGAAGGAGCAAAUGAAGAGCAAAGAAAAUGAAGAGGAGGGACAGGAAGAAGGAGAGGCGAAAAAGGGAACGGCCGAGCAGGACGCCGAUGCGGCUGAUGCCAAUGAUGACGCUAAUGAUGCUGCAAAUGACGCUGCCAAGAAGAACAAAAAAAAGAAAAAGAAGGACAAGGAGAAAGUGAAGGAACAGAAGGGCACGUCAGGAAUGUCCGAAAUGGCCAAGGCAGCGGCGGAAAGACUCAGACUACUAAAAGAAUAUGAAGAAAAAAAAAGGGAAGAGGAAAAAAGAAAACAAGAAGAGGAAGAAGAAAGAAUUAGAAAGGAGGAGGAAGAGAAGGAAAAAAAACGAUUAGCUAAAUUGGAAAAAAAAAUGCAGUUAAAAAAGGAGGGAAAAUUGUUAAGUGCAAAAGCGAAGGAAGAAAAAAAAAAAAAAGAAUUGUAUUUGAAAACGCUGAAAGAGUCGGGGGUGCUGAUCGAACCGAAGGAAAAAGCCAAAGCGGAAAUCAUCAACAUUGACCUCAACAAAACGAAAGCUUUCCUAAAGAAGAAAAAGAACAAAACAAAUGCUAACGCGAGUGGAAGUGGAAAUUUGAAUAAUAACGCGGAGGGGACGGGAGGUAAUACACCGGAAGGAAGUAAGCUCGUUGAUGCGCUAGCUAAGGAAGACCCAAAAGAAAUUGUCCUGGACGACUGGGAAGACUUCCUCAACGUGGAUGAAGAGAGCAAAAAGGAAAAACAGUCCAACGAAAAACAAACUAAUGAGAAGACAGAUAAAGAGAGGAACAAAUCAAAGGAAGCCAAAGGAGCAGACGGGAAGAAGGGCACAAAGGCGGACGCACUUAGCACCAAAAAAGGAAAAAAAAAAACAGAAGCUAGCAAAAGUAAUAGUAACGAGAAGAACAAGAACGCCCAUGACGACUCAGACGAUGAGAGCGAAUAUCGGUCAGCCAUUGUGUGUAUAUUAGGUCACGUCGACACGGGAAAAACGAAACUACUAGACAAACUACGACAUACAAAUGUGCAGGACAAUGAAGCGGGAGGAAUUACGCAGCAAAUCGGAGCUACCUUCUUCCCAAAGGAUGUCCUAGAUAAGGAAAUAAAAAAAGUAGAUGAAAGUAUUAGGUGCAUGUCGAAGGGAAUUAUGAUUAUCGACACCCCGGGGCAUGAGUCCUUUUACAAUCUCAGGAAAAGAGGCUCCUCUUUAUGCGAUAUAGCCAUUUUAGUGAUUGACUUAAUGCACGGAUUGGAGCAACAAACGAAGGAAUCCAUUCAAAUAUUGAAGCAAAGGAAUUGUCCUUUCGUUAUUGCACUGAACAAAAUUGACAGACUUUACAUGUGGAGCAAAAAUGACUGGUCUCCAUUUAACUACACGUUUAAAAAGCAAAAGGAAAACACACAAGAUGAGUUUAAGGAUAGGCUACAAAAUAUUCUUAAUGAGCUAGCCGAACAGGGAUUGAAUUGCCAUCUCUAUUGGGAAAACCCCAACCCGAGGAAAUAUGUUUCCAUCGUACCGACAAGUGCAAUAACUGGGGAAGGAAUUGCCGACCUGAUUAUGAUUUUAGUAAAACUGACGCAGAACUUUAUGCUGAAAAAUAUUGAAUACCAUGAUAAAUUAGAGUGCACCGUUUUGGAAGUAAAAAAUAUUGAAGGGCUAGGAACAACCAUCGAUGUAAUUCUCACUAAUGGGGUUCUUAAAGAAUCGGAUACCAUCGUCCUGUGUGGUAUGAACGGACCCAUCGUCACAGUUAUUAGAGCGUUGCUAACCCCACAACCGUUAAAAGAGCUAAGAAUAAAAAACGAGUAUGUGCACCACAAGUCGAUUAAGGCAUGCAUUGGAGUGAAAAUCUCUGCCAACGGAUUGGAAGAGGUCCUCUGUGGUACUUCCCUCUUCGUUGCCAACAAUACGAACGAAAUUGAGGACUACAAAAAGAAAGCCAUGACAGACGUUUCGGACGUCUUCAAUCAUGUAGAUAAAACUGGAGUAGGUCUCUACGUUAUGGCUAGCACGCUUGGUUCAUUAGAAGCGCUACUCAUAUUUUUAAAAGAUUCGAAGAUACCCGUUUUUGCAGUCAACAUUGGAACAGUGCAAAAGAAAGACGUAAAAAAAGCUAGCGUCAUGAGGGAAAAGGGAAAACCUGAAUACUCAGUCAUCCUCGCCUUUGACGUUAAAAUCGAUCCGGAAGCAGAAAAGGAAGCACAAAUUUUAGGCGUCGAAAUUAUGCAGAAGGAUAUUAUUUACCACUUGUUUGAUGCUUUCACAAGUUAUAUUAAAAAAAUUGAGGAAGAGAAAAAACAGAGCAAAUUGACGGAUGCUAUUUUCCCAUGCGAACUGUCCAUUGUUAACGACUGCGUGUUUAAUAAAAAGGAUCCCAUCGUCAUUGGGGUUAAGGUUGACUGUGGAAUACUAAAAAUUGGGACACCAUUGUACAUCCCUGAGAAGAGCCUAAAAAUAGGAAAUGUCGUUAGCAUUCUCUUGAACAAAAAAACUUGUGAAAAAGCAAAAAAGGGAGACGAAGUUUCCAUUAAAAUUUGUGGCGAACCACAUAUCACCUUCGGAAGACACUUUGAUUUUAACCAAAAGAUUUACAGCAAAAUUACUAGGGAGAGUAUUGACGUGUUGAAGGAGUACUUUAGGAGCGAGUUAACUAUGGAGGAUUGGAAAUUAGUUGUGCAGCUUAAGAAAAUCUAUAACAUUAUCUGA